UGUGAAGAGGGGCUGAUCUGACCUAAGAUUUUUCAUGUGGGGUCCUUUGAUUUCUUCUCAUUUGGACAGGUAUGGCUCAGUAGCAGGCAUGAGACCGCAGAAUUCCAGCAUCAUCACUGAGCUGGUCCUUGUUGGGUUUUCUGAUCAACCCCAGACUGAGGUUCCCCUCUUCUUCUUCUUCUCUCUGGUCUACCUAGCCAACUGCUUGGGGAAUACAGCUGUUGUCACAUUAGUGGCUCUAGAUGUCUCUCUGCAGACACCCAUGUAUUUCUUCCUCUGCCACCUGGCUGUCCUCAACGUAUUCUUCAGCAUGGUGGUGGCUCCAAAGAUGCUCUUCAAUUUCCUUGCAAGCAGAAAGGUCAUAUCUUACCCAUUCUGCCUGGCUCAGACCUAUCUCACCCUGUUCUUGGAGUCGACCGAGUGCUUUCUCCUUGCAGUGAUGGCCAUUGAUCGAUACAUAGCCAUCUGCUACCCACUGAGGUAUCUUCUGAUCAUGAGCUGGGCGGUGUGCACAGCACUGGCAGUGGCAGUCUGGGUCACAGGCUUUUGUGCCUCGGUUAUACCUCUCUGCUUCACGAUCCUCCCACUCUGUGGUCCUUACGUUGUUGAUUAUCUUUUCUGUGAGCUGCCCAUCCUUCUGCACCUGUUCUGUGCAGAUACGUCUCUGCUGGAGGCCAUGAUGGCCAUUGGAGGGGCUGGCACUGUGCUGUUCCCCUUCCUCCUGAUUGUCCUCUCCUACCUUCGCAUCCUGCUGGCUGUGAUAAGAAUAGACUCGGCUGAGGGCAGAAAAAAAGCCCUUUCAACCUGUGCUUCGCACUUGGCUGUGGUGAGCAUCUAUUAUGGAACGGGGCUGAUCAGGUACUUGAGGCCCAAGUCCCUUUACUCUGCUGAGGGAGACAAACUGAUCUCUGUGUUCUAUGCCGUCAUCGGCCCCGCACUGAACCCGUUCAUCUACAGCCUUCGGAACAAGGAAGUGCAGGGUGCCAUGAGGAGAGUGGUCGAGAAAUACAAGAAAAGCACAAGAAUCGCCUUCUAGAAUCUUCAGGAGCUAAGCAGUGUUUGUUUACCAACAUUUUAACAGGUUCAAGCCCAGAGU